AUGUCGAGAUUGAUGAGCGACGGAGCGAGUAGCCCACCGCGAAAGAUGGGCAAAUACGAGCGCGGAGACGCGGAGGCGGUGGAAACGGAGGUGGGCGCAGGCGAUGCCAAUUCGAUGAAAUUCCGCCAGAGAAGAUGCACGCCUGGCGCGAGCUGGCCUGCGCUGCUGCGAGCGGGCGCCGACUGCAGCGACUACGAGGAGAAAGCGCCGCGCGAGUUUUCGGCCGUCUGGUCCGAGAUGAGGUCGAAGGGAGAGCUCUGCGACUGCGAGAUCGAGAGCGGCGACGGCCAGGUGUACGCCGCGCACCGAGUCAUCCUCGCCGGCGUCAGCCCGUACUUCAAGGUUCUCUUCACGAGCCGCCUCAGCAGCGAGCGGCAGCGUCUGGAGAUGCCCGAGGCGAGCAGCGGACUCGUCGGCUUGAUCCUCGACUACGCCUACACCGGCCGCUGCGGCGGGCUCAGUGCCGAGAACGUCGAACGGCUGCUGACCCUGGCCGACCGGUUCGAGCUGCUCGGACUGGUCCGGCUCUGCUCGGACUUUUUGGCGGAGCAGCUCAAGCCCGACAACUGCCUGGGCAUCCACAAGUUCGCCCAGCACUACUUCUGCCAGGGCCUGGAGCGCCGAAGCCGCGGCUACGCUCGCCGGCACUUUGAGCAGAUCGUCCGCGGCCCCGGCGGAGGCGCCCUCGAGUUCUGCCAGCUGGAGUGCGACGAGGUGGAGGCGCUGCUGCGGGAGGACGAGCUGAACGCGCCGCGGGAGGAGCUCGUGUUCGAGGCGGUGCGGCUGUGGGUCGAGGCCCGGCCGGGCGAGCGCGCGGGCCGGCACGCGGCGCGACUGCUCUGGGCCUGCCCGCGCUACGGGCUGAUGCCUCGGCGCUUCCUCGAGGAGGCGGUGCUCGGCUGGUGCGCGACGCUGCCGCGCCCGACGCCGGAGGACGAGGGCCCGGGGGACGGCCCCGGGCAGGGCCUGGGCCGGCUGGAGGCCGCGCUGAGGACGAGCAUAACGACGGCCGAGUGGCGCCGGCCGCGGGCCCCGCACGAGCUGCUGCUGCUGCUGGGCGGCUGGGCCGCGGGCGCGCUGACGAGCCUCGUCGAGACGUUCGACGGCCGGUCCGAGCGCUGGCGGCCGCGGGCCGAGUGGGCCGCCGGCUCGGGGCCGCGCGCCUACCACGGGCUCUGCUGCCUGCCGGAGGAGGGCGGGGCGCGGCUGCGGGUCUACCUGUGCGGCGGCUACGACGGCCGGCGCAUCCUGAACGCGCUGCGCUGCUGCGCCCUGACGGCGCGCGGGCUCGAGCCGCCCGAGUGGCGCGAGCGCGCCUGCAUGCACGAGGCGCGCUGCUACCUCAGCCUCUGCGCCCUCGGGGGCCGGCUCUACGCGCUCGGCGGCAACAACGGCCUGGCGCGGCUGCGCUCCUGCGAGCGCUACGAGCCGGCCCAGAACCAGUGGCAGCUCAUCGCCCCCAUGCGGAGGGAGCGCUCGGACGCGAGCGCGGCCGCCCUCGGGGGCUGCCUCUACGUCGCCGGCGGCUACGACGGCCGGAGCAUCCUCGACAGCCUCGAGCUCUACGACCCGGGCGCCGACCAGUGGACCUCGCUGCAGCAGCUCCCGAGCAUGCGCUCGCCCAGGACCGGGCUCUGCCUCGUGGGCUUCCGGCACUGGCUCUACGCGAUCGGCGGCUUCGACGGCUACCGGCGACUGGCCUCCGGUGCGCUUUGUGCCUCGCUGCACCUGAUACAUACCUACAUACGUGUAGAUAUCGCUCACGUAACGCCGCCGAUCUUCCUCGCUGCAGUGGAGCGGCUCGACUGCAGGCGCCGCGACGCCGGCUGGCAGCGGCUCCCGGACAUGGCGCACGCCAGGAGCAACCUCGCGGCCGCGGUGCUCGACGGCAGUAGGAUCCUCGCGAUCGGCGGCUACGACGGCUCGCAGCCCGUCUCCCACGUCGAGGCCUACUCGGCCGAGCUCGAGCGCUGGGCCCACCUCCCGCCGAUCGUCACCGCUCGCAGCGCUCUCGCCGUCUGCGUGCUCGCGCUGCCUCGUCCUCUCUGAGACCGCAUCUCGCAAUUAUCCUUUGGUCAUCAUUUUAUUCAGCUAUAUCACACACCUUUGCAUAGUUGCAUUACAUUACAGUCUGCCUCUCCCCACGAGGCUAUAUAUAGCAGUAAUAUGUAGCAGUUGCUUUCAAAAGUUCACCGUAUGGUCUUCAUAGCGGUAUGCUUGAGGGCUCGUAAUAUUAAUAAAAAAUAUUUACAAUGAGAAAGCCUAUUGACUACCGUAUUCUUGAAAGCAAAAGAAAAUAAACGAAAAUGCAACCGGUCUCUAAUGCCAUACUGUCGUCUAGCGAGAGGAGUAGGGACUAUGCGGAGCGGAC